UGGUACUCGGUGUGUUUCAACCGCAGGAACCAGGGUCUAAAUGAAGUUCCGUGUAAAAAAAUCCCCCUCUGAAAGUACCUGCUCACUAGUUAGUACUUUUUCAAAGUUUCAGAACUUUCGGGGGUGGGUCUUGCACGCUGAACAUGCUGAUUGGAGUUCAUGCAGCAUUUUAUUUCAACCAUCGUUUAUUUAAAGUCUGUUGUGUUGCGUGCAGUAAGAGUCGUUUGCUAUUCGAAUCAACAAUGGAGUUUAAAAAAUAAAACCGAUGGACAUGACGAUGAGGUUCAGGCUUUAUUAAGCUAAUAUGCGGAGGACGAAAUCCAGCGGGAACUAGAAAGUCACACACAGUCCUACGUCACCGGACUAUCUUCACGGUACUUUAGAUCGCUAUGGAAACGCAGCUAGCAAUAGGUCUUGGAGCAAAAAAGUUCCUGGGACAAAUUGUUCCGGGUAAUUUCGGUGGAAACACGGGUAUUGAUGGUUCCACAAAGAACUUAAUAUUCGUGGAACUUCCCAUUGCACAAAAGUUUCUUUAUGGUAAAAGAGGGUUCUUUAGGUUAUUAAAAAAAAGUAGUAGUAGGGAGAAUCAAUGAAUUAUGAAAAAUUUACUGCCAUUGUGAGAAUAAUGUGUAAUCAAUAAAAAAGUAACUAGUCUGAUUAUGAGUAUUUUAAAACGUAAUGUAAUCUAAUUGAAGUACUUAAUUUUUGGAAUCUUAUUAAGUAAUCCAGAUGACAUGUAAUCAGUUACUACCCAGCACUGACGAUAACUGUAAUCAUGGUAUUGUGGCAGAUGUAGGCCUGGUUUCACAGACAGGGCUUAGAUUAAGCCAGGAUUAGGCCUUAGUUCAGAGCCCGUCCACACGGAGACGCGUUCAGAUGUAUACGUAAAAAAUUUUGUAUCGUAUCAGCAUUUCAUCCAACGUUUUGGGAGCCUGAAAUUUUCAAACCGAGUCCCAAAGUGGAUAAAUCUGAAAACGACACCCUUGCGUGUGUGCAGCUAAUCCGUAUAUUUUGCGAAACGAUGAUGUCAUCACCCCAUGUCUCGCAUGCUCCAUGUCUUCUUCUCCGUUUUUAGUGUAUCUGUGGCAGACUUAUAGCACCACAUACUGGUCUGGCAUGUAUACUACAUCGUUUUGAGUCGGUUUCAGUGGUUUCGCAUGUACGCAGAUAUUUCUUGAGAUGACGACGUGUUUACAGAAUUUGUUUUUAGAACAAAAAAAAAGAUCGGAUAGGGAAAGCUGUGGCUUUGUGUGGAUGUGGCCUCAAUUAGGGCAUUCAAAGGUGUAGUGUGUAAAUUUUAUCGGCAUCUAGCGGUGAGGUUGCGAAUUGUAACCAACAGCUCAGUCCACCCCUCACCCCUCCCUUUCAAAUCACAUAGAGAAGCUACGAUGGCCGACACAGGACAAAGAUGUCAUCUUCUGAGACAGCAGAGAGUAGCCAGUUAAGCAAACGCGCUCUGUACAGCAGUUUGUCCAUUUAGGGCUACUGUAGAAACAUGGUGGUGUAAAAUGGCGACUUCGAUGUAAGGGGACCCGCAGUGUAUGUAGACAGAAAUGGCUCAUUCUAAGGUAAUAAAAGACAUAACGGUUCAUUAUAUAAGGUCUUUAUACACCACUGAAAACAUAGUUCGGUAUAUUAUAUUGCAUUUCUGUCAAUAGAUCCUCUUAAAUAUUACACACUGGACCUUUAAGUAGCUUUUAUAAAUGUACCCUAGAAAAAAACUUUAUUGGUGUGGCAGGUGUGCAUCUUGAGACAAAACAAUGGCACUAACAUUUUAAGAUAUGUCAUGAAAGUUGCUUUUAGUUAAAACAGCUCAAACAUGAAAUUUAGUCUGGGGCUUAAGCCUUGUCUGUGAAACCGGGGAAUAGUGUUUAUUAUAUUAUUCAUUUCAGGGUUCAUGCAACCUUUUGAGUGUGGAAUUCAAGCACUUUUCAAGAACUUUUAAGUGCUUCACACUAUUUUUCCCAGUGCUUCAAAGCUUCAAAGUCAAUUUAAGGUGCCCCCCUACAUUUUCUGCUUGUGCUCCUAAAAUAAUAAGGGGCUACAGUGCUCCUAGUAAUAAAAGUUAGUCUGGAGCCCUGUAAAUUGUUUUUCACACUAAGAAAAAAUGAUUCUUUUAAGAGCUGUUCACUAAAGGUUCUUUGGUGAACCCAAAAUGCUGCUUCUAUUGCAUUGCUGUGAACAUUUAUAUGUAUAUUGAUUUUUUUUUUUUUUUUUUUUUUUUUUUUUUUAACAGCCUGGAAAAAAAUCCUUCAGAACAAAUGUUGUACAUUUAUGAGUGGCUAUAAGAUGCAUACCCUGAAAUAAACAUUAAAUGUUGCAAAAUUAUUUUGCUUAUGCAAUGUAUUUGGACAUAAUCGUCUGGAUGCAUAAUAUUUGUAUAAUACUUUUAACUUGCAUGGAACUGAUAAGGUUGUAUUAUGCACUGAAUUUCACACAUCAGUCAGUGUUCCAGGAAAACAAUAGACUUCAUCCUAUGAUGAGAUACUGCCAUCAGUCUAGUGUAGUGAGUGUUUACACUAUCAUGUGACAUAUCCAAAAAGAAAUAUUUCUCCUCUCUGGGUUUAGGGUGUUCAGUCCCAAAUGACACCCCAAACUUAUGUAAGGCAGGGAAUUCCCCUGGAUGAGUUUGAUGCUGCUAACACCAAGGGGGUAAUAACUCCAGAGCUCAAGGCCCAGAGGGUGGGGGAAUCACCAUGGCUCAGUCUGCAACCCCAGCACUUGACAUGCAGAAGUAGUCCCGGUGAGUUGCGCAUGAGCGCGGUACAGCGCCACCACCCGAACUCAUGAUGCUCAAAUGCUGGCUGAGUACUGAGGCACUGUAUACAUCCGACUCUCUGCGGGGGUAGAUACCAGAUGCAGAAUUGACGCAUACGCCUCUACCCAAUCAAGUUUCAGCCGAUGGCGCCCCCUAUGGGUUCAUUCCAUGUAACUGCACCCAGGGGCUGUUUACACCAAUUUCUGGAGCAUUUAAGAAAAGGUUAUAUGCAAGCACUGACACUCUUAUGCAUUUCAGGUAAGCUAAGGUGGAGGGUAAAUAUUGGAUUGGUGGUCGUCUGACACCUCUCACCACAUAAUCCCACACCCAACGCCUCUCCGUCGGCACAAUGCUUUUUUAUGCUAAUCAAACGCACAUGUCACUUCCGCCCUUUUUCACACGCCAUUUUGGAUAGUAUAGGUACUGGACCGGGUCGUAUUGUUUAAGUGGAUGGCGGAUUACGUUAAUUGCAGUCAAUUAUACCGUCCUCAGCGUCUUGUGGACUGUGCAUCAUCGCAAACGCAGCACGCGCUCGGCGGUUCACGCUCCUUUUUCCUCCAGGACCCCCGUAGACCAGCACAGGCAGUGCUAGAUGAGUUGCAGCAGCUCAUUCCCGGCAAACAGACAGCUCUGGGUCGGCCCGUGACAGGAGUCGAGCUCCCUCUUUCGGCGUGGUGUGUCCGCCCGUGAAGCGGAGGACGAGGCGCUCAACUCGGGAGGCGGGAAAGUGACAUUACGGGCUGCGGCUUGCGGGAACGCGGGUCAGGUGGCAGAAUGUUUCAACUCCCAGUGAACAACCUCAGCAGUCUAAGGAGAGCUAGGAAAAAUGUGAAAAAAGUGCUGGGUGACAUUGGCUUGGAGUUUUGCAGGGAGCACAUUGAUGACUUUAAGGACUUUGUUCCCAAUGAGUUCUACAUUAAAAACACCGCAUGGGACGAUGUGUGUAUGUGGGAUCCCUCAAUGACCAAAUCACAAGAGUAUCGCUCAAAGCCGUUCUGUUGUUCAGGAUGUACAUUCUCCUCCAAGUUUUUCUCUGCCUACAAGAGUCACUUUCGUAAUGUGCACAGUGAGGACUUUGAAAACCGCAUUCUCCUGAACUGCCCCUAUUGCACUUACAAUGGGAACAAAAAGACUUUGGAGACACACAUCAGACUGUUUCAUAUGCCCAACAAUAUGGUGCGCCAGAAUGUUGGAGGACCUCAGGGAGCAGGGGUUGGUUUGAAAGAUGGUGCUCGACUGGACAAGACACGUGAUAAUAUAGAGCAAGCAGUGUACUACUGCAAGAAAUGCACUUACAGGGACCCACUAUAUAAUGUGGUGCGAAAGCAUAUCUACCGAGAACAUUUUCAACACGUAGCGGCACCGUACUUGGUGAGGCCUGGUGAGAAGAUAACACCACCCAAUGGGACAACAGCAGGCUCUGGUGCAGGAAGCAAUGCUGAUUCUGGUGGUGCUAACAGUACGAGCACAGCCAUCCACUGCAAACGGUGCCUAUUUGUACCCCGUACCUAUGAAGCCCUUGUGCAGCAUGUCAUUGAGGACCAUGAGCGCAUUGGUUAUCAAGUUACUGCCAUGAUUGGACACACCAAUGUAGUAGUACCUCGGGCGAAGCCUGUGAUUAUGGUGUCCCCUAAAGCUCAGGGUGAUAAGGGCCUCAUUGGUGUAAUGCCAAAGGGUACAGUAGUGACUGGGGUACGGCCUUUAUCCACUCAGCAGCUGAGCCGAAUUGUCAUUCCUAAAGGGAGUUUGAACUCAAGUGGUCUCCUGUCAGGUGUUCACCUGAAACAGGGAGCAUUUGGUCUGAAGCCAGGGACUACACAAUCCUUGACCAUCGGAGGACAACAGGUUCAGCUGUCAAUCCCACAGCAGUCUCAAACAAGCAAACCACAGCUUUCUGCUAGUCUCCGCAGUUCGGUUUCUGCAUCUGCAUCCACUUCCAUACUAAAGAUCCCUCAGCUGAACUCUCGAGUUCAGGCAGCAGCUACUACAGUGUCAUCUGUUACCUCCAAGAAGGGCAACUCUGUCAUCGGCACAUCUUACACUCAAAAAUGGAAGAUCUGCACCAUCUGCAAUGAGCUGUUUCCAGAAAAUGUGUAUAGUUCGCAUUUUGAAAAGGAGCACAAAGCGGAAAAGGUACCGGCGGUGGCCAACUACAUCAUGAAAAUUCACAACUUCACCAGUAAAUGCUUAUACUGCAACCGUUACCUACCUAGCGACACACUUCUUAACCACAUGUUGAUACAUGGCUUAUCUUGCCCGCACUGCAGGGCCACAUUCAAUGAUGUGGAAAAAAUGGUGACGCACAUGCGAGGGGUACAUCCCAAUGAAUCCGUUGGGCCACGGACAGACUCCCCACUUACUUUUGACCUCACACUUCAGCAGGGAAAUCCCAAGAAUGUCCAGCUGAUCGUCACCACAUAUAACAUGCGGGAUGCCCCAGAAGAAUCUGUGGCAUUCCAUGCCCAAAACAACGCAUUACCACCAUCAUUGCAGGGGAAUAAACAGGUUACCCCACAAGUCCCAAAGAUACCCUCAGAUGCCUCAGACGUCAUACCGGCUAAGGCUACACCACAAGCAGCUGUACCUUAUAAGAAGGAUGUAGGCAAAACACUUUGUCCUCUCUGCUUCUCAAUUCUUAAGGGACCUAUCUCAGAUUCUCUAGCUCAUCACUUGCGUGACCGCCAUCAAGUUAUACAAACGGUUCAUCCUGUGGAGAAGAAGUUGACUUACAAGUGCAUCCAUUGCCUUGGCGUCUACACUAGUAACAUGACAGCUUCCACUAUCACUUUGCAUCUUGUGCACUGCCGGGGUGUCAGCAAAACUCAAAACGGCCGGCCUGCUCCCUCUGCGAGAGUUGCGCAGGCACAGGGUGCUGGUCUCAAACGGGCAGGUUUAGCAAAUUUCGACCAAACUGAGCCAAAGAGAAGAAAAUCCGGAACCGAUGACCAGACUGGGCAUAGCCCACCAGUUUCAACUGACAAACAAGACGACCCUGUAGUCUUUGCCCUGGACCCGAAGGGUUACGAGAAUGAGUCCUACGAGACACGAAAAGCUUUCCUCACUCAGUACUUCAACAGGCAGCCUUACCCCACUCGCCGAGAGGUGGAGAAGCUUGCGUCCAGUCUCUGGCUUUGGAAAUCUGACAUUGCGAGCCACUUCUCAAAUCGAAGGAGGAGAUGUAUGCUGAAUUGUGAAACGUUAAACACUCGGGUCCUGCUGGGAUUCAAAAUGCAAGACAUUGUAGAUUUGCAUCAUCCCAUUAAGUUUGACUCAAAGUGCUAUUUCGAGAACCAUAAAAAUGACCAUAAAAAUGACCAUAAAAGACGAACUUCUAAGUAUCGCAUAGGCAGAUCUGCAAAUGCCAUUCGCUUUCGGCAAAGAGCUACAACCAAUGGUGACCUGCAGCAGAAGCAUGGGACGCUAACAAGGGGUUCCGCCAAAGCCUUGCUUUACUCAAAUGGUCAAAAGACCAUCCUAGGGAGCAACUGCAAUGAUUCAACGAAGAGCACCUUAAAACCUGAAGCACUUGUCAAUUCUGAACCAAUUGCUGUGGACUCGGACAGCGAUAAUGAGGUGAAUGUGCAAAAUGCUAGUCUAAAUGCACAGUCCCUUAGUAGUGAGGAACCAGAGACAAAUGAUAAAGUGGAAGGAAGUGACUCUGACAUCAGGGAGGACACCCACAGCGAAAACGGCUAUGGGGAGAAAGACUUGUUAAAUGAAACAAGGCAACGAAAGGGCGAAUGUCAGUCAGGUAUCACAAACAAGCUUGAACAAUCAGAGACUCAGUUAACCAAGCAACAGGUCUGAUUUCUGGACAGGGUGAAUAAAAUGCACAUGUAUACUUUUGCUGUACUUUGAUGUACACCAACAAUGCUGCCUCAUUGAACUUCUGAAUCUGGACCUUGGUUACAUUACAGAUGGUAGCUAUAAGGAUCUUCUUUUCCCUCAACACCUAAAGCCAUUUGAGAAAGGCAAAAAAGUCAUGUUUUACAGUUUGAAGUAUGAAGAUGAAUGCAAAUUGUUUGAUUGUGAAGCUGGGGUUGACCUCCUUAGAAUAGGGAAAGAAAACACUCAACAUUCACCAAACAAUACAUGAUUUGCCUUCAGUUUGUUCCUUUAACACCCAGAAACAUAACCAUACUUGUUGAUGUUCAUUCAGCCGCUCCAAAAGGAGUGAUUAUUAGAACCAACAGGUAUUAUUAAAUUUCAUGGUAUCAUAUAGUAUUGGUAGUGUAUAUUUGUACAGUCUUUUAGAUAUGUCUAAGGAGAUGUGUAGGUGUACUCACUGAUUUAAAAAAAAAAAAAGAUUUGCUAUACUUUUUGUGCUCACACUUAAUGUUCAUAUGCUCUACAUUGGUUCACAUAGACAAUGGAUGUGGCUUCGGUGGCUGUUUUUCCUGUUUACUUUUAUUAACAAAAGUAUAGCAUUUUUGCUAAAAAUAUAUCUAAGUAUAAAUAAUGCAAAAUAAAAGAACAAUCUCUUGC